AUGGCUGGAGCUGAGGGCUUUCUUCUUCUUACAAUCCCAAACUGCACACUUGUUACCCAGGAUCAGCGCACCCAAACGGGCGUCCUCGCUCUAGAAUGUGUCACGAUCCCUUUACCGACGCAAACAGCCUUUGCCGGAGCAGCUCCUGAUACGCGUAAUGAGCGAGACGUCUGGCUUGUCCUUCGAUUGGGAAGUUUUGAGACUAUAAUAUCGCCUAUUCAAACGAUCACACAUAUUCGUGCUCAGCAUCAAUUCACUAUUCCGGCCGAGGACGGAGGGAGUGUAACUUUGACUGUCCCUCCUCCCUUGACUGAUGCAGCAACCGAAGACCUCGAGUCUUUUGAGGUAUUGUUAAGUCAAUAUGGUAUUCUUCGAGAGACCGGCCCGGGAAGAUCUAGCCCCGGUGACAAGGGAUCAGCCAGCGGAGACAAUAAAGGUCGCCUCGUGCUCGUGGAUGAAGACAAUGGGGCUAUGCUAGGAACUCUUGGCGAACAAUUCAACAUCCGUGAGGACCCGAGCCUAGUAUCUAAAGGUCAUGAGAAGGAUCCAGUAGUGGUCGAAAUUCCGGAGCAUGGCGAGCAAGUCUAUGUCCAUAACAUAUCUCCUGACGAGCAAGACUGGCUUUUGCGCUCGGCUGGCUAUAUUAGCCGUGGUAUUAUGUAUGCGACCGACCUAGCUUCCAAGGGCAUGGCAGCCGCAGCACAGCGUUACGUUUCUAAUUCAUCUCCUACAACACAACCUAUUGUCUUCUCGGAGACGACGAAUAACAACAUGCGCCGCGUUCACAACGUCUCCGGACAGGCGGUGAAAGUGACAGCUCAAACAACGGGGAUGAUUCACAAAAUAAUUGACAUGGGCAUUGAUCGUGUGGCAGGCACAGGAAAGAACAAGCAGGUGGAUCGAUCUGCACCUGGAGCCCCGCCACCACCCCCUCGUCCUCCACGUUUGCUCAACCGGAUAUUGAUCUCGACCGACUUGAUAUUGACAACCUUGGAGCAAUCAGCCGGCCAGCUUGUUUCGCACGGCACUGAUGCUGCUUCGAGGGUUGCUGGUCACAGGUAUGGACCAGAAGCCGGGGCACAUGCGAGGCAUUUUGGAGAAACAGUACGCAACGUAGGCGUGGUGUACAUUGAUGCUCGUGGUGUCGGGCGUCGUGCCUUGAUUAAGCGAGCUGGCAAACGUGUGAUUAAAGGCCGUCUGGGAAGUGGGAAAGAGGUAAUGCUGGGAGAUGAACAGACCGCAGGAGGUGUAGGUCAACUACAUGCUCCUGGCGCGAAUACCAAGUUAGCUUCGCCCGCUUCAUCAAGAGCAGAAUUAGUCUCAAAUUAUGCUGGGAACUCGAAAAAGUAA